GGCUCGGGGUCUCUGUGCCUAGGAGAGGAAUGGAGCCAGAAGAGGAGCUGCCACUGCAGCGGCUGGAGAAGCUGCCAGCGGAGCUCGCGCCCAAGCUCCUUCACAAAGUAAUUGAUGGCAUUUGUGGACGGGCUUAUCCUCAAUUUAAGGAUUAUGAAAAUAUUUGGGAUUCAGCAGAGUGGAUUAAUGUCCUGGAAGAUAUUUCCAAAUUUUUCAAAACUGUCAUUGGUAAAAAUAAGGAUUUUGAAAAGGUGAUUGAGCAAUUGAAUCACUUAAGCUUAGAUCAUCAGAAGACAAUCAUGAAAUGUUUGAAAAGCCGGAAGGAUGAAAUUAGGAAAGCUCUUUUAGGAGAAAUUAUUGCCAUUUCCUCUGCCCAACUACAGGAUUUUGAUUGGCAAUUAAAGCUUGCUCUCUCUAGUGAUAAGAUUGCCACACUGCAAGUACCUCUUCUUAACCUUGAUCUAGAUGUAAAAGAAAACGGUGACAUUAAAGAAUAUUCUGUUGAAAUGAAUAAAGAAGAACUGCAGAAUUUGAUAAAUUCAUUGGAAGCAGCUAAUAAGGUCCUCUUGCAAUUGAAGUGACUGGAAAUGAUGGAUAUCAGACUCUUAUUAUUACAGCUGAGAUGGCAGCAAGAAGAGAGUAUGUUCAGAGAACUGGGUGAUAAUACUGAUAUUGUAUGCUGAUCCGAGAAAGCACCAAUAUUCUGAGAUUAGAAAGAUGAAAGUAUCUACAUGGUUACGAAAAAUUGCUCUAGUUGGCAUGAAAAAAACAUAAAAAAGUAAAUAUG